AUGGAUAGACCGGCAUUUUUAGAAAAUAAAGUUGUAAAUGCAUUACAAGUUAAUCCAUUAAAUGUUAAUUUACGUAUUUUAUGUCCACAAUUUUAUACUUUCGCCAUAAAAUAUUUAGAAUUGUACGAAGAUCCUGAUUUGGCUGAAAUUCUGAUAAAGAGUAAGAAAAUUAGAAGUCUUGAAAUAUUUGAUCGAGCAAAGAGAAUUUAUGAAGAUCAUAAUGAGUUUAUCGAAAAAUUGGAUGAUGGAGAACAACUAACCGUUGAUUUGGAAUGGCUAUUAACCAAAUUACUUGAAAAAAUUCUUAUUUCAUUUGGGAUAAUAAACGUCCAUUUUUAG